UCAACGAGGUCAGCCAAAACGCCUACGAGACUCGACGAAGAGCUGUAGUCUACCGUAUCGGGCCGGAGCUCACUCGAGCCUUUUCGAUUCUUAUCUCUUCUUGUUCGCAAGUGGUUGUGUGGAACGGCGACGAGACUCAACUGGUGGCCUGGUGCUCGACUACCGUGGAUCGACUUUUACUUUCGUCGAGAGUUACUUGCAUCACUGGAAAGUUCUAUAAUACCAGAGGAGCAAGAUGGAAAUUAUUAUCAUCAUCUCACUUCUCAUGCUUCUGGCAGUAGGAGUUUGGUUUAUAAUCCCAAAUUCCCAGAAAAAAGGCAAAGCAAAAGAAACGAAAUCAGGUUCUACUGGAAAGACAUCUACUAGCUUUUCAAAGGAGGAAGUCUCAGAACACAACACGAGGAAGGAUUGUUGGAUAAUUAUUAAGGAUAAGGUUUAUGAUGUCACUCCUUAUGUGGAGGAACAUCCGGGCGGAGAUGCCAUUCUAAACAAUGCUGGAGCUGAUUCCACAGAGGGCUUUUUUGGCCCACAACACGGCACUAGAGUCUUUGAUAUCAUCGAGGAUUUCUGCAUUGGCCUAUUGAAGGCUUCAUCGUAGAGUGGUGGAGAAGGGAUUGCAUUAUGUUCAUUGAUGAUUUAUUGAAGCCAAAGCAUUAGAAGCUGCAGAAUAUAUAUGUUUUGAACACACAAUCAUCAGCAGUUAUGUUGUUGAUGUUAGAGUGAAAUUCUUUUGCAGCUAUAAAACCCAGACCUGGCCUGAGCUUUGUAAUGUAACCCAUCUUUCAGUAGGAACUCUGUAGACAUAUUCAGACAACUAACUGCUGUGGUUGUACAUUUCUGCAUGCUUUUUCUCCUUCACCGAGACUCCUAAA